CACCCCCGCCCGCCGCCCAGAAGAUGGCGAGCCCGUGCGGGCGGCAGCAGUGCUCCAUCGAGAGGCGCGGCGUCCGCCACCAGCUCGAUUCGUGGCGACACAAGCUCAUUCACUGUGUAGGGUUUGAAAGUAUUCUAGAAGGCCUGUUUGGACCUGGAUUAUUAAAAGAUCUCAGUUUGUUUAAAGACUGUGAGCCUGAAGGUGUUUCUGAUUGGUCUUUUGAUGAAAAUUGUCUUUUCUGCUGCCUGAGAAGAGAAAAAGUGAAGGAACACUUAGUCAGUCUGGAUGAGCCAGCCUCGGAAGCUGGACAAGAAGCUCUGCUUAGACAAGAGCAAGCAAAAAUCAUUCGUUUUGAAAGGCAAGCGGAAGAGUUCCUCAAUGCAGUCUUUUACAGAAAAGACAGUCCUAGGGUCUCUGACCCUAAUAUUCCCCUAGUGGCCCGUGAGAUCAUGCAGCGAAUGAUCCGACAGUUUGCUGCUGAAUAUACCUCAAAAAAUAGCUCUACUCAGGACUCCAGCCAGCCCAAUAGCACAAAGAACCAAAGCCUGCUGAAAGCAUCUCUGGUCGCCUCCUCUCCCACGGCUGCAACUGCUCAGAACCCUGUGCUCAGCAAACUUCUCAUGGCUGACCAAGACUCACCUCUGGACCUUACUGUCAGAAAGUCUCAGUCAGAACCUAGUGAACAAGACGGUGUGCUUGAUUUAUCCACUAAGAAGAGUCCUUGUGCCGGCAGCACCUCUCUGAGUCAUUCUCCAGGGUGCUCCAGUACUCCGGGAAAUGGGCGACCUGGGAGACCCAGCCAGCACCAUCCGGAGGGACUACAGAGUGGUGAUGGGGUACCUCCAAGAAGCUUGCAGGAUGGAACCAGGGAAGGUUAUGGCCAUUCCACAUCUCUUAAAGUACCGCUGGCUCGAUCACUCCAGAUUAGUGAAGAACUGCUGAGCAGAAACCAGUUUUCUACGGCUGCCAGCCAUGGGCCAUCUGGACUACAGAAUCAUGGACAGCACUUAAUAUUAUCCAGGGAGGCUUCUUGGGCAAAACCACACUACGAAUUCAAUUUCAGCCGCAUGAAAUUCAGGGGAAAUGGUGCACUCAGCAACAUCAGUGACCUUCCUUUUCUUACAGAAAACUCUGCCUUUCAAAAAAUGGCACUUCAAACUAAACAGGAUGGGAAAAAGGACGUGAGCCAUUCGUCUCCUGUGGAUUUAAAGAUACCACAAGUUCGAGGCAUGGACCUUUCAUGGGAGUCCCGCACUGGUGACCAGUACAGCUAUAGCUCUUUGGUAAUGGGUUCACAAACGGAGAGCGCGCUUAGCAAAAAGUUAAGGGCUAUCCUUCCAAAACAAAACAGGAGAAGUUUGCUGGAUGCUGGACCAGAUUCCUGGGGCUCAGAUGCUGAGCAGUCUACCUCUGGACAGCCAUAUCCCACCUCAGAUCAAGAGGGAGAUCCUGGCUCCAAGCAACCUAGGAAGAAAAGAGGGAGAUACAGACAGUACAACAGCGAGAUACUAGAGGAAGCAAUCUCUGUGGUUAUGAGCGGGAAAAUGAGUGUUUCCAAAGCUCAGAGUAUUUAUGGGAUCCCCCACAGUACACUGGAGUACAAAGUUAAAGAGAGGCUGGGCACUUUGAAAAACCCUCCAAAGAAAAAAAUGAAAUUAAUGAGGUCGGAGGGGCAGGAUGUUUCAGUAAAGAUUGAAUUAGAUCCCCAGGGAGAAGCAGCACAAAGUGCGAAUGAAUUGAAAGAUGAGUAGGGAUGUUGUAGAGUGCCAAUUACUUUGCAAACUGGGUGAGCACUACUGCAUAGUUCAACCACCACUGAGCACACCUGAUUCUCCCGUUUACUGCAAUGCUCUUUCCUUUGCAGUUCAGCACAGACUUGUGCGGAGACAGGUGAAAGGUGUGCUCUGAAUGUCACAUUUGUAAAUUUUUCUAGCCUGGUAUGGUGCAGUUCCCUUCCUUCACCUGCCCACUACCCCCCCUUUUUUUCCCUUUUAUUUUUUUCCUCCUUUUUCUUUUGCCUUUUGCAUGUUUCUCUGUAAUACAGAGUUGAGUUACCUCACAAAGAAUGCAGGUCUGUGGAAGUGGACGUCUUGCCUAUGUAGAGCCUGCCUGAACUUCUGGUGUUGGAUUUUUCAUGUCUGCUUUUAUAGAAAUAAGUCCACUUUGUUAAACUUGAUACACUCCUAAACCCAGGCAUUUUUCAAAUGAGAAUCAGACUGUCAUUCUUCAAAAUGUUUCAGAAAUCUUUUUUCCCCCUCCUUUUCUUUGAUCCAGUUGAUUCAAAAGGUUUAAGCUAAAUCAAGUUAUUGAGAAAUGGUACCUCUCUUGAACUCAGAGCUUUGUUUAUUAGAUGUGUAAUCAAUUGGGUCUCAUUAGGCACUCCACUAUUUUCUUUCCAAAUUAAACAUACUUGCCAUUCACUGUCUGCUUAGUGCUCACCCGGAGGGGAGGGGAGGGAAAUCUCGCAUACACUACCUUCAGAAUAUGUCAGUUAAUUAUUUGUAACACUACCUUCGCUGUAAUUUUGUUUGAUAUUUUUGAAGGGUGAUAUUUAGACUCACCUGCUUGAGGAUGUAGCCUUAUCUCACGGAAGACAAGCUUCUCACAGUCAGGAGCAGUCAGGGUACACUAAAUGAUGUAUUAGGGUAUGCCUCAUUAUAACGAAACUAUGGUUCUUUGUGACCAUUAUGCUUUUUACAGACUUGAUUCUGAGUUUACUAAACUAUGUGGUUCCAACAACUAGUUUAAAUGACUCUGAUCUGGGGAAGGGGGAUUUGUGUAACAAACUACUGUGAUAUUGCAAAAAAAGAAAAAAAAAAAAAGGAAAAAAAAAAGCCCAGAAAACGGUAUCUCCAACGUUACAACCUCAGUAGUCUGCCCAAAUAUCCACAUUAGUGAAGGAGCUUGUUAAUGUUCAGGGAAGAAGUAAAACACUGGUAGCCUGAUGUGUUUCAGGCUCAGCAUCAUAUCUAUCUGUAAUACUGUCAGGGUCGAACACUCAGUGAACGGGUGUGUCCUUUUUAAAUAUUACAGUUGCCAGUAGCAGGAAUUAAUCUGAGUCCUGCUUUUUUUUGUUGUUGUUUUUAUUUACUCCGUUUUGAUUGUGGUAAACCACUAGCACAUGCUAGAAUAAGCAUCUAAACACCGUAAAAGCACUCCGUAAACCGCAAACCCAGUUGUGUUCGGUAGGGCGAUAUCCUUAUCGCUGUUGGGAGAUCCAGGAGAAGUUUUGUACAGAACUUUUAUCUUUGAUACUUUCUGCAGGAGUGGUCAGUAACUAGGUGGAGCUUACUGGACUUAACCACAACGUGACCAAAUCGGAAUUGCUGGUUCUUCAGGUAGAAACAAUUUGGUCUUAAUCUGUGCAAAAGGUAGACAGAAUGACCAUUAUUUUUGUUUCUUUUUCCCCAUUUGCACAACCAACAGAAGCAUUGGAAUUUUUGUGUGAGAGCAUUAAGUGAUGUCAGUGAUUUGAAAGUGGUUUCUCAAAGUUCAUGGGAGGGUGGCCUAGGUAGCCCUAGGGAGGCUGAAUGACUUGGGCAACAGUUGAUUCUAUUAGCCUCUCCCCCUCCUCAGCAACUUCAUGUUUUCAAAGGUUAGGCACACCAUUGCUGUUGUUUUAAAUAUGCACCGCUCAUUCCCGGAACGGACUGGGCAUUUGGCCCCAAGUAUACUUUGUUUUUGUUUACUUAAUAUAUUUUUAGUACUCAAAAAUCCUGGUUCCUCGUAGCUCUCUAGUUGUUAUCUUGGCAUUUAAAGCAGUUUAAGCUCAAUAGCAGUAUAUAAACUCUGCAAUACGUUCCAGUGUAGCUGGUGAUUGCAAUAAAGGCACAGUUAAGCGUGUGGUUUCAUCUGCUGUUGGAGGUUACGGUAGGAAGUUUGCUGCAAGUUGAAAAAAAGAAAAGGAAAAAAAUAACACAGUUCUACUGUUCAGAGAGGUUUAACCUUUUGGAGUUGUCUUUAUUUAAGCAACAUGAGUUGAGUUUUAUAAAACUUGUCACUGUAGUGUAUGUGGAGUGCUCAUUUUACUAACCUAAAUAUUUUGUAUGUGUAUGUUUAAGUGGGUGACAAUCGUGCAGCAGAAGAAUGGUGUGCCUACCCUUUAAUGCUGCAGUUUUAAAAGAGAAUUUGUCUUGUCAUUUCAGACUGUAGGCUAAGAGUUGUAAAUAGAUAGUGAGAAGUUGAGUACUCUUUAUUUGCUUUGGUUAGAAAGUGGAUUUAAAAAAACCCACAGAAACAAACCGACAACAAACCAAACGCGUAACUUUCUCAGUUCAAAUGUCCUGAGACCUGAAGAUUGUAAUCCUCACGUCUGCAAAGCUUUGAAACACAACACUUUGAUCUGUGAUUAACUUAAUAUUCAGGUAAUCUUUCCUUCUUCGAGAAGCUUUUGAACAACCGUAUUUCCUCCAAAGGUCUCUGUUUGAAAAGGAAAAAAAAGAAAAGAAAAAGACAAAAAAAAAAGAGUGUAGAUUAUUUUUUAAGCACUAAUUGCAUUACGUUGGUAACUGCAAUAUGAAAUAGCCAUUAUUGUUUUGUGAAGCAUGGUUGAGAUUAGUUAGUGGUCCCUUUUUAAAAUUUCAUGAGCCUCUCAAAAAAGAAAAACAAAUUUAAAAAAAAGCUGCUGAAUAUUCAAAAGAUAUAUAUUUUACCUUAUUGUAGGUUUUGUAAAUUUAGUCUGUAAUAUUCAGGUGCACCUUUUAAUGUUACCUUUUUGUUUCCAAGUCCCACCUAAGGUAUUUUCUCUGAGGUGAUUCAUCACGUGAGACUAGUAUCACUCCGAGUGCUGCAGUGAUCACUAACGUUUGGUUUCCUUUCCCACUACGGAUUCUUUACAGGCGCUUUCAGUGUAGCUGACUAGUAGUGUUUGGGAUCAUUUUAAAUAUAUGAUUGGAAUUAAUGUUUGUCCAUUAGCAUGCUUAAUUUUCUGCUGACCAGCAGUUUGCAUGGCCAAAAUCCCUGGUUGACCAUAUUUUGGUGUAGGAAGGUGUGAUUCACUGCUGUCUUUGUAACAAAAGCCUCGUUUCUCAUGUUAUUUCUGGUAAGUGGAUGCUUAUGUUACUUGGAUCACUUGGACAGGAGAGAAGGUUUAAAAUCUUGCUCCUGCUGCUCUUUUGAGACCGCAUUGACAUGUAACGUAGACAAACUGCAACCCUGUAAAAAGGAGAGGUCGUUAGGAGGAGGCCUUUCGGGUAUUUUCGUCACUAGUUUUCGCUUAAUCCCGAGAACGUCCAUCCGAUGUAGUUAUUGGACUAAACAGUAUUGUUGUGUACUACGUUGAUGUAGCUGACAAGGCCUGACAGCAAGAAACUGUGAAUAAUAUUUGUGGCAGUCUCUGAAAACUAGUUUUUCAGUCCAAGUAUCAUGAAGGAGAAUCCCUCUCCCCGACCCCAUCCUAGAAAAGUAAUUUUAUAUUUUGUGUGUAUAAAGUUUGAAGAAUCAAGUUUCAUAUUGUACUGAAGUUUAGGUGUCGCUUGGUAAAUCUUUGCUGCAGCAUAUAAUUGAAGAUGAGUAAGGCUUAGUGUGGUAGGGGUCCUGGUGUGGAGUUAAUUAUCGUACAGUUCUGGUGAGAAAGCCCAACAUGUAUGAAAUGUGUCCUUUUUUUAAUUCUUAUUUGGACUUGUAAGAUGUAAAAGUGCUUUUUUAGAACUCUGACCUAUUACAAACUAUUACCUCACUUUCAGCCAGCUGGAUCCUCAUUCCACAGUGUUGUAGGCAUUAUUGUGGCCGUAAUGCUUGAGUACAGAUACAGAGUUGAACAUUUCCAGGUAGAUAUUGUAGGGACACGUUUCUGGGCUCGUCUGGUUUUUUUUCCCUGUCAAAAGGUAUUUUAUUUUCCAGUCAUUCCCUGAGGUGUUUGGUUUUUGGGUUUUUUUUUAAAGGCUCGAGACAGUUUCCUUUAGAAUUUCUCUUUGUUUUAUCCCCAUGUUGUGCGGGAGAAGUUGCUGUGUGAGCAAUACAGGUUUGCCUUUACGUUCUUCUUGUUGCAGAGCUCAUAAUUUAACGCUUGCAUCACCAACCCUAUUGCUAGACCUGAAGUAAAACUCUGAAUUUUCACGACGGUUGGAAAGCAAAUGAUUUUUAACAAUGCAGGUGUACGGGUAGGACAGUGCCUCUAGUAGGGAAACACGUUCAGCUUCUGUGUUCUGACACAACUCUUAUACCACCUUUGUUCUAGAGUUUCCAUUGCCUGAGGAUAUUUGUAAACAUAGGAGGCGACUGCACAUGUGUUGAGAUCGGUUAAGGGCACACACGGAGUAGUCUGUGCUUUGUCUUGUGGCAGGCUGACAUUGGAGUCUAAAUAUUUCUUUCAUGAGAACCCAAGAGUACGUUGCCUUCCCUUGGAAAUUCGUAGGAGCUGACAAAGGGAUGCAGGGGCUUUAGGGUUGAGUAGGCUUUGGAUAGAUUGGAACAACUUUUUUGUUCUCAUCAAAUUGCUUUUUAUGUCUUCUGCAAUGAUUGUUAUUCAGACAAAACUGGAAUUGCCAUGUGUUUCUUCCCAGUUUGCUUUGAAGUGAUGCUCUUAAGAUGUCCUUGAGUCUUAGGAGAAGAACACGGUGUCCAGGGAGUGAAGGGAACACUGUGCCCUUCCCUUAUUUCUCAAAAACAGUGCGGCAACAUCUGUAAUGUAAAGAGCUCUUUCUUCGGUGAAGACAGAAUUUGAACUCGUCGGUGUGAGAAUGCACACGCUUGUUGCAGUCCAAACUCUUACGAAGGCAAAAUUAUUAACCUGUACUGAAAGCUUUGUCACAAUACUUAAAUGGCUUAACUUCUCUGUCAAACGUUAAGAGGUAGAACAAGAAGGAUCGUUUCCUUUGUUCUCAUGAGGAUCAGAACCUCCUAGGUUUUCCCCACAAAUGUUUCAAGAGCUAAGUGUAAUUUCAGUCUAGGUCGAUGUUGCUUUUUCGUGGCACCAGUAGAUAAUGUUGACCAAUAAUGGUUUAAAACCCUGUACCUAAAAAAAUAUUACAUUUUGGGACUAGUUUUGGUACUAUAGAGGUUUCCACUCCAUCUCAAAUUAUGUCAGACUCAGCAACUAGAGCCUUCAGAAACCUGUAAAUCUGCACUGCUAGUAAUGUGCAGUUGUGACGGAUGUAGCAAGUAAAAGAACCACUGCAGUUAUUAAUGUCUAACUACCCAGUGUCUAACACGAUGUACUGUGAUGAUCACUAAACAGAGGGAUACUGUGGACUCAAAAUGAUCUUUAGAGCCACUCCACUGGUACCAGAAAAACCUGUAAGUAGUUAGAGCAUUGCAGUACCUGUCUCUUUCCCUCUCUCCUGUUCUUGCUUUGACUGGGGCCGAGUCUCUCUACCAGUGUUACAGCAGCAGUUUUUGGAUGUCACGUCCGAUGGAAUUACGCCUAUAUUUCAGGUAUUGUUGUGAAGACCUUCCUAUUAAGAGAGCUUUAUUUAAUCCUCACAAAAAUCUCUUAGCCCAGCUGCAAAAGCAGUUUUCCUGGGUGACUUACUAGGAGGAAGGUUUUUUCUUCACCCCGUCCAGGGCAUUUCAUUCACCCUCUUAAAAACAAAACAUGCCUGCCCCUGUGUUAGUCUCUACUGAACGGGUAAGUGUCAUUCAGGAGAACUCAAGACGACGGCUCUACUUUAGGGAGCAGGGAUUAGGACACAGAUUAUGUUCUGAUUGGAGCAGAAAAAGUUAAUGUCAGGAAACAUUUUCGAUAGUCAUCAGUUAGUACAGCCUAACUUCAUGUUUUUUCCUACUCAGAAGUAACAUAGACACUACUAACACAGUUUAUCAACUACUUGGUGCUACAUUUCUCAAAUAUUUUUGCAGAGAAUAUUUUUUAUGCCUGCGUGAAAGCACGUAAAUCUCACUGUCACUAUAAAAAGCACUUGUCUGACCUAUUCUAAAGUACCAGAAAAGGGAUAAAUAACUGCAGCACUUUUUCUGUUACAAUGCCAGAGUCUUAAUUAAAUCUGGUCUUCAGGUUAUGAGGUAUUUUAAACGUACAAUCUAGGAUCACUAAUGGCUUUUCAGGUCAGAUCACAGGUUCUCUUGGGAUGCUAAUCUGUCUUUUAAAGACUAGUACAACAAAAUACUCCGAAGUUCAGGCAGGGGAUGUAUAUAUACAUGCCUGAUAUUUUUAACUAAUCAUUUCAAUAGGCCAUUUCAGGGCUUGACAUUUGGAAUCUGGGGCGAUGGGUAGGGAAAGGGAAGUUUUCCAAACCGAAAACUCAUUUUGGACCAUUGUUUAAUGCUCAGUUUGAAAACUUCUAUCACAAGAAAAACAGGUAGGGAUUCUUUCUCCCUUCUGCCUUCAGGGAAUGAGUAGUAUUUAGAAUCUCUGGCUGAAAUUCAAGCCUUUUUACCAUGUAAAUUUUUAAUAUAAACUCAUUGACGUGCUUUUUACAUCUGAGGACUGAAAAUGGAUCUUAAUGUUUAAGUUGUGGAACGGUAUAUUUCUUAAAUGAAGGGGGAACAUUAAAAAAAAUAAAAAUAGAUUAGAAUACCAGCAUUAGCGAGCUUAAGGAAUUUUAGUAUGUAAUAGCAAAGCAUAGCAAAGUAUUUGAUUAAAAAAAUUAAUCUUGAAUUGCUAGUCUGUAACUAGGUGCAUUCUAAUUUAGCAGGUGAAUAUUCUUUACUUAUGGAUAUAUGAUGGGCUUUUUGCAAAUAGAAACCUUUAUCCAAGUCCCACGUGUUGCUUGUACUGAUGGGAUGUAUGCUUACAGCAGCUUACUGCUGCUUUAAAAUGUAUAAAAUAUGUUUUGAGUGUUUGCUCAUAACUCUUUCUAACCUCCACUUGUUAAAUUGUCAGACAUUGGUAUUUUAUCAGUCCGCAGUGUAAGUUUAAACUAAUGUUCUUAGGAAUCCAACUUGUACACACACUGUUUAAAAACCCUCAGGGACGGUUUACACACUAUCCUCACUCAAUUCAGGUACUUGUACUCUCUUCUUAAACCUAGCAGUGACUUGUAUUUUGUUUUGCUUUUCUUUUGACGUGCUGAUAGCACAUCCUUGAUGAAUGUCAACUUAAAACUCAGUUCAGGUAUCCAGGUAUAACUCAGCCAAACGGAUUUUAAAGCUGCAUAUUUACUCUCCAGCACACAGUGCCUCAGACACUUAUAGUGGCAUUCUGUAUAUUCAGUUAUUACUACUGAGCAGAUCGCGUGGGGGUUCCUGGUAUGUAUUGUAAGAAAUUCCUAUGUAUAUUAUAUAAUAUGUAUUAUAUUAUAUACAUAUAUAGUAUAUAUGUUAUCUUAAACUUAUAUAUUUUAAAAUGCCACUACUAGCCAGCGCAGCUAAAAAUGAAAUACAUUCCCAACUGCCUCUGCCAACGGCAGGGGCAGCUUCUUAACGUGGCUCUUGCUUCUCUCUCUCACCAUAACUACUUCUAACCUCAAGCACGGGCCCUUGGCUGUCUGACCUCUACACUCUAGUUAUGCAAUGUCCUUAGAGAAUUCUGUGCACUGGCCACUGUGAUGGAAACCAAUGGGCCGGGAGUGCUUUGAGCUUAUUAGUAAUUGUUCUGCCAAAGUUGGUGUCUGUACGACAAGCGCGUAAAGCUGUCAGGUAAGGAGCAGAGGUGCGAGCGGCCGCGGGCGGAGGGGAGGGCCAGGCCCUCCUCAGGCGGCUCCGGGAUGCGUUGGCACUUAGUGGCUGCAGCGAGGGGCCCGGUGCGGAGCGCCAGAGGCCAGCCUGCCCGCUGCUCUGCCCGGUGGCUGCUGCCGGGCGCCAGGCAGCGCCACCUCUGCCUCAGUAUCUGACGCUUUACCGCAAAAAGUCUUCUCCUUCUAUUUAUGUGACCCAUAGUCUUUGAAGAGUAUGGAAAACGGCAUUUCUCUCUGACCUCUAGAAGUUCAAGUGUCAUGGGAAAAGAAAUAAACACAGGAACCCCCCCCUUUACUCUGAUGGACCUCAUUUCAAUAUACUGUUUACAGUUUGACGGAAUUGUAUAAUUUAAUAUUUCUCUUGUACUGUAGUUUAUAUUUAUUUACAGAUUUUUUUUGUACUGUGUGAUUUGAAUUUUUUUGGUUCCUUGCUAUGAUCAAUGUUUUAUGUAGUAGAGCACUUAUGAUCACAAAUUAAGGUUGGUUUUUUUUUUUUUGGUUUGAUUGCACUACAUUAAUUUUUUUAAUGCAGUUCUGAUUUUUUGACUGGACUAAAUAAGCUGUGUCUUAAUGUAUGUGAUAAGUACUUUUAAAUUUUUAUUUCAUGUGGUCCAUUUAUUUUUUGCAUUGUAUGUCAAAGCGCUGAUUCUCUUGUUGUGCAUGUGUAAGACUUAAUGGCUCCAUUGUAUUAUUUGACCAUGUCAUUUUGGAAACACAUUCCCAGCUGUAACGUUGUGUAUGGUAGUUUUCACUGGAUGCUAGACUUUUCAAAACCACUAUUCUUCUAAUAAAUUUUGUUGUGAAAAACUUGAA